UUAGGCAGCUUCUCCCUAAGCAUCAAAGCAUCCUACCUCCAAUCUCCAAGGAGCUGACGGAGGGAUACUUUGUUUUCCGCAUGGCUGAAGAUAAUCAGGCUGUCAGUGACUUAAAGUCUAUGGAGAAAGGGGCAAGGAUGUUCUCAGCCAACAGGGUCCUCGCUUGCAGCGUGUAUUUUGAGGGAUCAUCCACUUACUUCAGUGGAAUUGUUGGCGCUUCUAUGAAGAAUAAGGUCAGCUACAACUAUAAAAUAAAGGUGGACAAGACAGGUGCUCCCGUUAUCUCCCACUGUGAAUGUCCUGCAGGGAAGGGUCGCCAUGCUACUUGCAAGCACAUAGCAGCAGUCCUGAUCAUGGCAGAGCACUUUGUUGCAACAGGCAGUCUUCAUGUGGAGAAGAGCUGCACAGAGAAUCUUCAGACUUUCCACAAACCAAAAUCCACUUACAAAGGUUCCCCAGUGAAAGCAGAGUCUCUACCUUCAAAGCGGAAGUGGUCAGACAAGAUGUUGGAAGACCUGCGUCCACCAAAAUACAGAAGGAUGGCUGGCUUUGAUGACCAUGUUCGUAAUAUGAUGGUAAACUUUUGCUCAGCAACUUCUGAAGACCUUGCACUGAGAUAUUUACAUCCAAAGGCUGACCUACAGACUGCAGUGAAGGACCAUGACUAUCUGGACAAGCCCUUUUCAGAGUACUGGGUUGAUAGGGCAUUGCAGGUCACAAAAGAUGAUGCUGUCCAGAUAGAGAAGAGUACCAGGGACCAAGGCAAUAAUCAAAGAUGGCAUAGGGAGGAAGUGGCGACUAACAGCAUCACGGUUCGGAGAAGUCACCAAAAUGACAAGUAA